CGCAGUUCUUAGCUAUUUAUUUACUGCUCAGCCCAGCCUGGCCUAGCCCACCUUGCUUUUCCUGUCUAUCCUCUCUUUCUCUUCUGUCACCUCGCUGUACAAUUGCUUUCUCUUACAAUCUCUCACAAGCUUUGGAUUCCCUUCAGGAGACAGUACAGCACACUGAAAUUGCCAGACUGAUUAUGGGCGUAAGUCUUUUACCUUGUUGGCCAGGAACUUCACAGCCCCGCUUCAAGACUCUUGAAGAUCAAGAGGCGCAGUUCUAGCUCGUCCAGAGGACAGUAAGAGUAACAACUGAUUGAGCUGUACAGUUUGCUUCGAAGAUAGCUGCGAGUCAGAACCAGAUGAGAGCAGGUGAUGCUCCUGGGGGCGUGCCGGCCUCUCUGCAGGCUGGCAAUAGCAAUGCCCCUUCAGGCGGGACCGUAAGACCCCUCCCUACACUACGCAUUCGUCAUCCGCUCUGUCCACCUGCAGUCGCUUAACUGACUAAACUAACCUCCUCACCUCCAGCCUUACCCAGCCUCUGUUCAAACACCUCAGGGAAAACCUGCCGCCUAUGUAAGCAGUGUCCUGUCCUUCCUUGUUGCUCUCUCGUCUUGUUCCCCUUACUGCCAUUUCCUUCUCCGGUGGAAUAUCGACUCCACCUUGGUCUUUCCGUCUCCACCUUCACAAUUCAUCAUGUAUCGACCAUAUGACCAACAAGGAUACUAUCGUUCACAGAAUCCUCCCGCGUCUACACAGCCGUCCCAGUCUUACCAGCCGUACACUCCCAGUCCUGCUGGAGGAGCCCCCAGACCCGGUGCUCCGGUCUCGCAGCAGCCUCCUUCGUCACAGAGCUAUCAGCCCUACAGCACCCAGCAACCUGCAUACAGUCAAUCCCCUCAGGGCUAUGGAAGACCACCCCCGCCUCCUCCACAAGGCCAAUAUUCCCAACAACAGGCUCCCUAUGGACACUCCUAUCCUCAGCAGGGACCGCCUCCGCCCGCAGGAUCGCCAUAUCCCCCAGGACCCCCAGGGCCAGUAGGAGCUAGACCUCCAGGACCACCUGCACCACCUGGACCCCCAAGGCCUCCAGGUGCCCAAUAUGGACCUCCGGGUGGUGCGGCCCCCGCUACUCCACAGCAAGUGGCCAGUUACAGGCAACUCCUGAUCAGCACGAUCCAAGAGAAACAACUCCAGCACUUCUAUCCCCAAGACAAGUUGGAGAGUCUCGUCCAGUCAUUGGCUGUUGAUGCUCCUGCAAAAAUCAACAAGCUUAUGCAUGAAUGGAACGUCUCGAUAGAAAUUGCCAUGGAUGUCAUUAAACUUUCGUUGUUCGACGUUAUCCUUUACGUUGACGAUAGUGGUUCCAUUGAGUUCGAAGAAGGCGGCGUCCGAAAGGAUCAGCUGAGACAAAUUAUAACCACUGUGGCUACCGCUGCUUCCACUUUUGAUCAGGAUGGUAUCUCUGUGCGGUUCAUGAACUCAGUGGAAGUUGGCGACGGAAUUCGCAGUGCCGACGACGUGAAUAGGCUUGUUUCCCGUGUUCGUUUCCAAGGUUUGACUCCUUUGGGAACGAAUUUGAGAAACAAGGUUCUCGACCCAUUGGUUGUCGGGCCCGCCAGAUCGGGUCGCCUGCAGAAACCUAUUCUUAUCAUCACUAUCACCGAUGGACAACCUGCUGGAGAGCCACGCGAUACUGUAGCUGAAGUAAUUCGCUAUUCCAGUGAAGAAGUCUCCCGGACCCCGUACGGACGCGGUGCAGUUUCGUUCCAGUUUUCGCAGGUCGGGAAUGACACUCGGGCUCGCGAGUUCCUUGCCAGCCUUGACGAGGACCCUAGGAUCGGCGGGCUGAUUGACUGCACUUCGAACUUUGAGGUUGAACAAGACGAGAUGUCCCGUGCCAAUCCCCCUGUUUACCUGACCCGUGAGCUUUGGUGCGCGAAGUUGAUGCUUGGAGCGAUUGAUUCAUCCUAUGAUACCAAGGAUGAAAAGGCAGCUGGUCGUGCUGAUGGCGCGGCUCCCCCUCCGUCGAGUCAGUACGGCGGUUAUCCCCAGGCGCCCAGUUAUAGUCAGCCAGGUGGCCAACCCGGAUACCCCAGCUACGGCCAGCCUGCAGGUCAACCUGGCUACGGUCAGGGUUAUGGCGGAUCUCCCCCACAGACCAACUACGGACAGGCUUACGGUGGAUACGGUGCUCAAUCCUACCAGCCCAGUUAUCCAGCAUACGGAGGGGCUCCGGCUGGAGGUCAAGGAGGCUACCCUCCGCAGCAGCAGCAGCAACCGCCAUACGGUGCUCCGCCGGCGCCGCCGCGCUACUAGGAAAUCUUCUGUGGACCGUAGGUUUAAAAUUAUUAUGUGUGGUGGGUGGACAAUAUGAAAUGUUUCUUCUGUUCCUCUGAGUUCCAUCGUGUAAGGUGGGGAAUUUGCGGAUGACAUUUAAUGAAUUCUCAUACGUGUUUCAAUGAAUCGGAUUUACGCCUCUUAUGACCAGGAAAUGAAAAAUGCCAUCGAAUCUCUUUGUAGUGAUAUCAACCUUGUGGUAGCCUGUAACCGUCUUCCAAAAUGGGACAGCGCAGUUGGUCAACAUGGUGUGGACCACCUGGGUAUUAUUAAUGCGGUAGAGACGACUUUCGACAGUAGAGCAAAUUAGCGUUUAGAGAAGAGCAAAGCAAUGGAAGACAGGGACUAUGAAGCCUGUCUUUUGCUAUUCGAACGGUGGGAGUGGAAAGCAGAAUAUCACGGGCAUCCACUAGUUAGCACACCCCCCCGAAUGAUAUCGCCUUUCCUGCAGACAUGCACUUUGACUUGAAGAAUGUCCAAUGACGUAUAUCGAGAGGGGAAUAUGAACCUUGGAAUGCCUCGACAGAUGACCCAAUGAGCGUUGUCAACCACUUCCCCGCCAACAUCUCGAGGGGAACAGUCCC